AUGUAUAGUGUGUUUAAACCCCUAUUGAGGAAGUGUGUUUUAGUUUUCUUUGAUGACAUCUUCGUCUAUAGUAGAACUGAAGAUGAGCACUGGGCACAUUUGAGACAAGUUUUUGAAUUAAUGAGGUUGCAUAAGAUGUUUGCUAAAGCCAGCAAGUGUAGCUUUGCCAUAGAUAAGGUGGAAUACUUGGGUCAUUUCAUUUCUGCUAAGGGAGUUGAAACAGAUCCAAACAAAAUUGCUACUGUUGAGAGCUGGCCUGUGCCUAAAACAGUUAAAGAAUUGAGAAGCUUCCUUGGUUUGGCAGGAUAUUACAGGAAAUUUGUGAAACAUUAUUCCUUAAUAAGUAAACCACUGACUGAUCUAUUGAAAAAGGGAGCCUUUGCUUGGUCAGAUGAAAUUCAUUCUGCCUUUACAUCUUUGAAACAAGCUCUGGUAUCUGCUCCUGUGUUAGCUGUACCAGAUUUUUCUAAGGGUUUUGUUGUGGAAACAGAUGCAUCUAAGACUGGAAUUGGGGUUGUGUUAAUGCAGGAGAAUCACCCCUUAGCUUAUAUUAGCAGAACUCUUUGGACCUAA